AUGUCGCUCUUCGGGAACGUCGGCGCUACGUCGACGACAGCCGGUCAAACAAACACCACAGGCGAUGUCUCCAAAGAUGUAGCUCUCAACUCGCCGCCCGAAGAUGGCAUCUCUGAUCUUCGAUUUUCUCCCGCAAGCGAACAUCUCGCGGUAGCUUCGUGGGACAAGAAGGUCCGCAUCUACGAGAUCAACGAACAGGGUCAGAGUGAGGGAAAAGCUCUUUUCGAACAUGAAGCUCCAGUCUUAAAUUGUUGCUGGUCACCGGAUGGAACGAAAGUUGUCGGAGCUGGCGCCGACAAAGCUGCACGCAUGCUGGACCUCGCAGCCAAUGCUACUACUCCCGUUCAAGUCGCUGCCCACGAUGCUCCUAUCCGAUGCUGUCAUAUGAUUCCCAACCCGGCUGGAAACUCUUCUCUUCUUGUAACUGGUUCAUGGGACAAGACCGUCAAAUACUGGGACUUGCGGCAAUCCACCCCCAUUGCGACAGUGGAGUGUCAGGAGCGCGUCUACACCAUGGAUGUCAAGAACAAGCUGCUAGUGGUGGGAACGGCAGACCGAUACAUUAACAUCAUCAAUCUCGACAAUCCCACCAAGUUUUAUAAGACCAUGCAGUCACCGCUCAAGUGGCAGACGCGGGUAGUCAGCUGCUUCACGGAUGCCACUGGUUUCGCUGUCGGCAGUAUCGAAGGACGUUGCGCCAUUCAAUAUGUUGAAGACAAGGACUCUAGUUCCAACUUCAGCUUCAAGUGUCAUCGGGAAACUCCUCCGAACCAACGAGAUAUCAACAAUAUCUACUCUGUGAAUGCCAUUUCCUUCCAUCCGGUCCACGGCACCUUCAGCACCGCAGGCAGUGACGGUACCUUCCACUUCUGGGACAAGGAUGCCAAACAUCGUCUGAAGGGAUACCCGUCUGUGGGAGGAACGAUCUCCAGCACCGCCUUCAACCGCAAUGGCAACAUCUUUGCAUAUGCCGUCAGCUACGAUUGGAGUAAAGGAUAUUCAGCGAACACGCAACAACUUCCCAACAAGGUGAUGCUCCAUCCAGUGGCGCCAGAGGAAGUGAAGCCAAGACCUGGUACCCGGAAGAGGUAG